AUGUGCACGGAGGAGAAGGAGAUGUGCCCCUUAUGUAUGGAACCGAUGGAGGCAGAUGACAUCUCAUUUUACCCAUGUGAUUGCCGGUACCAGGUCUGCCGGUUUUGCUGGGCUAAGAUAAUUAACGAGGAAAAUGGGCUUUGUCCAGCUUGUCGAAAGGAAUAUAAUUCAGAAAAACCGGCAUCUUACAAACCUAUUUCGGAGAAUGAGGAAUCCCGUUGUAGGUCAAGUAGAAGACGCAAGGAUUAUAUAAAGAAGACAAAGCUUAAUCCAGAAAUGCUCAAAAUCCUUCCAGAGUUAAGGGUUGUUCAGCCAAAUCUGAUAUUUGUGGUCGGUUUACCUACAUGGAUCUCAAAGGACAAGGAAAUACUUAAAGGUCAGAACUAUUUUGGUCGGUAUGGGAAAAUUUUUAAAGUGGAAGUUAAUCAAAACCAGACUUUCGGUGGACCACAGGGUCAACCUAGUUUUAGUGCUUAUAUAACAUAUUAUCGGGCUGAGGAUGCCAUGCGGUCUAUAAGGGAUCUUAAUCAGAGCACGUUACAUGGAAGACCAAUCCGUGUAUCACUUGGAACUACAAAGUACUGUAGCCAGUUUUUAAGGGGCACAAAAUGCACCAAACAUGAAUGCAUGUACUUGCAUGAACUCGGUGAUUCAGCUGCUAGUUUUACUAAGGAAGAAAUGCAAGCUGGAAAACAUACUGAAUACAUGAACAAGUUGUUGCAAGAUUUCUGUCAGUCUAAAUCAUAUUCACUUGAUUCACAAAAGGAAGAAACAACUAUCUUAGCCUCACUAGACUCUUCUGUUUCAAGUCCCAAUGAUGCUUCAUUACCUCAUACCAGUGAAUCAAGCAGCUACUCAAAUGGACGUAAUCGCUUCAGAUUUGAAGAUACAUCCAUGUUGUCUGUAGAUAACUCGGGCGUGCAAGUUUCGGAUCGAUGUACUGCACAGUCUGAUCAAACAAGUGCACCACUCAGAGAGAUGCGUAAAUUAAGGCAUACUGAUAAAGAUAAUUCAGUUGCUGUCUCAGUCUCCGAUAACUCAUUGGCUGAUAAAUCUAAACUAAAUUAUAAUAAUUCUAACAAACCGAGUAGUUGGAAUCAUUCAUCAUCGAUUUCAUCAUCAGAUUAUUCAACUAGAAAGCUUGGGAAAAAUUCAUUUGGUACUUUUCAUUUUAAGAAUUCGUCUGAAAAUACAAAUACAGAUAAAUCAUACGUAGAAGGAAUUAAAAGUAACUAUGUCCGGCACCAUAAUUCCACACAGAAUCGGAUUUUGUUGCCUCGCUCUGUUCCGUCUAAUCAAGUGUCUACGCGUACUGAGCCUAUUUGUACCAACAGUAAUGGCUGUCACCGUACAUGGUGUCGUCCAAAUUCAGAGAAUUCUUCAAAUAUUCAACCUCUCUUAGGAGAUGAACCCGCAGAUAUUGAUUUUGAUCCCUUUCGAGAAUCUCAGCAAGGUCUAGCUGAACUUCUCGCUGCUGAAGUUUCACGUCUCAAUGUAUCUGAACCUCUGUUCAGUCAUCGUGUUUGCUUAACCAAUGGAUCUUCAGUUGGCAUUUCACACUGCCCAAGUGAACCGCAGUCCUCAAGUUUAGACGCUAGGCUUCCUCAACCUAAUUUAAGUCUCAAUUCUGCACAAGCUGAAAAACUGCGUUCCUGGUAUUCUAAUAUAGUAUCACAUAAUAGAAUCAACCAUGUUGAUCCAAACAAGUCAUUUAACGUGAGUCCAAAUACUUUCUCUAAUCUUUAUCCUCCGCCGGGUUUUGAAGAGGCUGUACAAGGUCACGACCAAUCUUCGGAUGGUCAGUUUUUGACAUCUAAAACUGAUAUAUUAAACUCCAAUUACCCAGAAUUAUCAUACUCAUGUCCUGAAAGCUUUGGAUAUAACAACAACAGCAUACGUAGCACAAAUGGAUCAUUGCUACAGUCGUGUGCUUUUCCUUGUAGUCCUCCUUCUACAGACUCUGCAGAAAAAUUGAUGACAAAUUCCCCGACAUAUGAUAAUUGGAUACAGGCUAAAAAGGUAUCCGAUCACAAUGCUAUCUACCCAGACACUUUAUUUUCAUCCAUUCCUGCUAUGCUACCCGAUAUUAGUAACGCAUUAAAACAAGAUGAUUUACCUCCACACUUAUCUAGUCAGUUCAUGACCAACAUAUUUAGUGCUGUUUUUAAUUCCCAGUCGAGUAUGAAUAAUAAUGAAUCAACUGGAGCAUAUGACAAACCCUCAACAAAAUCUCCAGCUUCUGUAUUUGACUUCAGUCAGUUUGUUAAUCAUCUCUAUCACCAAUCCUCUGGGUUUUUAGAUAUAAAUGCCCAUAAUCUUAAUCAGUGGUCCACUAGGGUCAAUAUACCAUUUGUUUGUACACAAAGUGAGGUUUUAGAUGCUUCUAUUUAUUCAAGUUCAUUAGCACCAACCUCUAACACAUUAACCUUUGGAAAAUAUGGAUCUAAAAUGGGUUCUCUACCUAUUAGCAAUGACUAUCAACAGCAUCAGAAAAUGGCCUUUAGCACAAAUAAUAAUAAUAAUACUAAUACUAAUAUUAAUAAUAGUAGUUUCUGCUGCAACACAGGCCCAACCGAUAUGGAUUCACAUCCUACUUCAACUAAUUCAGUUUCCUCAUUUACAUGGCAACUCGAGGAUCCCGCCAUUGUAUCCAGUCGGUUAUCAUCUUCAAAUUCUACAGUGAAAAAUAAUCAAAUUUCAUCUACAGAUUUACUUGAACCUUCCACUGCUGCCGCCUCCUCUUCCUCAUAUAUUUCACAAUCAGGAGUGAAAAAUCAAUCACGACAACAACCACUACCACCGACUGGAGAUACAAUGAUUCAUCCUUCGUCUCACUCUCAACUAAAAGAAUGA